AUUACCGAACAAGCGUCUCUUUGUGCCGAAAGCUGCAUCAGCGUGAGUGUGAGGGGGUGGGGUUGGAGGUGGUGAUGCUGCUGGUGCAGCUGGUGCUGCUGAAGGACGCGGCUUGCGGUGGAGCUGUCUGGGAUGUGUUGACACGCAUUUCUGCUCCCAUCUCCUUGAUUAACCCGGCAGCCUGGAUGGUUUCGAGCCGCAGAGGAGAGGAAGAGGAAUGAGCGCGGACCGAGCAGCGGCAUCCUUAUCAUGCAGCCGCAGAAAAUCACCACCCGUCCAUUUUACGCGAUUAUAUGAGCCGAUGAGCGCCACUUUAUGUGUGCUUUUCAGACGGGCGGCAGCGCUGUGCAGACCCGGGAAUAACAACGCAGGCCAACACCUCGCUGCAGCUACAUACAAGGAAUGAAAACGAUCCCAAGAUGGUCCGCAUCGCCAAGGCCCUGGGUUUGGUUAUUCUGUGCGUCGCCGUGCUCAUUUUAUCCCUCAUCAGCUACGUGUCUCUGAGAAAAGACAGCCUCUUCUCCUCCUCUAAAUACUACAUGGGAGGCCCGAGGAUUAUGUUUCAUGCAGGCUUUCGGUCUCAGUUCGCCAUGAAUUUCCUGGACCCCUCCUUCAUCCCCUUAACUAAUGCCCUAAACGAAGAGCUCCAAGGAAAACCGUCCAAAUGGAAGUUCAACAAGACAGCUUUUUAUCAGCAGAGGAAAGAUAUCUUCAACUACAUCGACAUUCCCAACAACUUUUCCCUUACGAAGAACAGCGUGCGCGUUGGCCAGCUGAUGCACUUUGACUACUCCAGCCACAAGUAUGUUUUCUCCAUCAGUAACAACUUCAAAUCCCUGCUUCCUGACACCUCUCCCAUCCUCAAUAAGCACUACAGCAUGUGUGCUGUGGUGGGAAACAGCGGCAUUCUCACCGGCAGCCACUGUGGCCCUGAAAUUGACCAAGCCGAUUUUGUCUUCCGCUGCAACUUUGCCCCCACCGACAUCUACUCCAAGGACGUAGGCAAGAAGACCAACUUGACCACCUUUAACCCCAGCAUCCUGGAGAGGUAUUACAAUAACCUGCUGACCAUUCAAGACAGAAAUAAUUUCUUCCUCAACCUAAAGAAACUGGAGGGAGCCAUCCUGUGGAUCCCUGCCUUCUUCCUUCAUACCUCAGCUACAGUAACUCGGACCUUGGUGGAUUUCUUUGUGGAACACAAGGGACAGCUGAAGAUUGAGCUGGCCUGGCCAGGAAAUAUCAUGCACGACGUGAACAAAUACUGGAAGACUAAAAACCUCUCUCCCAAGCGUCUCAGCACUGGGAUCCUCAUGUACACUCUGGCCUCAGCCAUAUGCGACGAGAUCCACCUCUACGGCUUCUGGCCCUUUGGCUGGGACCCCAACACGGGCAAGGAUCUACCGUACCACUACUACGACAAGAAAGGGACCAAAUUCACCACUAAGUGGCAGGAAACCCACCAGCUGCCCAGCGAGUUCAAGCUGCUCUACAAGCUGCACAGGGAAGGCGUGAUCAAACUCAGCUUGACGCACUGCUCUUAGACAUUCGACGAGUCCGGGAUGGUUUAAGACGUGACUCCAGAGACCAUUAUUGACAUACAUUAGCUCAGUUCAAACUUCUGUUGUGACACAUGAUAAGCAUGAUAAGUGUUUAGGCAGUUUAUGGUCAUCCCGCAAACACACACUUGUGUCACGUUGUAAUUUUACAUGAAGAUGUCAGGCUCACUCGAGCUGCAGAUCCCAGCGUUGUUAUUCAUUCAACAUGUUGUGUUCAGCACCACAGUUAGGGGCUUUCAUGCAGCUCAGUUGCUUCCAUUAUUCUCCUUUGCAUGACUGCUGGCUAAAUAGUUUGAGCCAAACAGACGUCUAUUUUAACUGGAGUCCACGGGAGAUUCAGCUGUGGGAACGCAGUAAAUUUCCACUUCUGCUUGAAACAGAUUGAUUAAUCACCUUUACAACAGUAUACCAAUUCUGUACACUGAAAUCACUGCCUAAUCUCAGGGAAGGAGUUAGAUCAGUGUUUUUUGUAAUCAGAUUCAAUGCCUCCAGAGAGGUGCGGUUCCUGUUUUCAGGCCUUUCCCCCCACGAGGUGUCAGACAAUCUGCACUGCUCUAGAAGAUGGUAUUUGUUUACAAGAUUGUACUCUAUAUAAAUAUAUGUGUGUCUUUUAUUCUCUUUAGACAGCCUGACUGUCCACUUCAAAAUUUUUUGGAAUAAUAAUCAACAUUCCAACAAUAAGCCAUAAAUUCAUGGAGAGAUGAUAGUUUUGUGAUCAUUAGAUCAGAACUGCAGAACGUGUUACCGGCCUUCAUUACGUAGGUGUUGAGAAAAUGAGACAUUUCCAAAAUCUACCAACAAGACUAUGAGGAUAAUUUUCCAUCAGUAACAAUGAAAAUACAUGUAAUGUAAACUUACUUGAUUUAGGAUCAAAUUUAGCCAAGUAAUUUCUGAUAAGAGAUCAUCAUGUUUUGUUAUCAUCAUGUAUAAAAGAACCGAUGUUUACAACUAAAAUAUUAUCAAAAUAUAUGACAGACUGGAGCAACAGCUCCAUCUUUUUGUAAAUCCAUGAUUAAAUCCCAAAUUUCUCAUUCGUGGGAUAAUAAAGGUUUAUUCUAUUGUAUUACCAAGUUUGAAUAUCGUACCUAAGCUAGGUUUAAACUUAGCUUACUAAAUUGGGACCUCAGGAAGCCACUGGUCAAACCCAAGACAUAGUAAUCCCUGACCUAACCACUCUAAAACUGUCAAUCUUUCACACAUAGUUUAAAAAUAUUUUGACCCGUGCAGAUACAAGAUGCUAUUUUGUGAGUUUUAAAAGAUCUGCUAACCAAAAUUUAUUAUCCAUCAGAAGAGCCAAGCUAUUUAUUUCUCCCAUGUUAGCACUCUUAAUCAAACCUAAGUUAUUAGCUAAAAAUAUUUAUUUCACAGUUAAAGGCACCAGUGUUGCCAGAUUGGGUUUCCACACAGUUUUAAGCUUAAUCUUGAUGGUUAAAAUUAUGUUGGACAGGUGAACAAAAUUUAGGCUGUUUUGGGAUCCUUUGUGAUGAUUUAAAAAAUAUGCAUUUUAAAUUAUAGUUCACAAUAAAACCCAAGAGUGUAUGUAUUUUACCUCAUCAGAAAUUGUCAUGGCGGACAGUCCGCGAAAUACUAAGACUUUCUGUUCCAGUUCCUGCUAUGUUAUGUCAGAUAUCAGUGAGAAGAUGCUGCCACAGUGGGUUAAAUGUAUACAUAUAUAAACUACAGAAAGGAGUGGGAGGGUGAGGUGAAGCAUCUAAAUCAAAGCUUAUAUGAAAAAUAGUCAGUCAUGCUGUUUUUAAAUAAACAGUCUGAAA